UCCCACAACGCACCGCGUCUCCCAGAGUAUGGCGGCGCUCACGUCUGCGCCCACGUGUGCUUGAUUCGGCGUGGUGGGAAUUCUAGAUUUCGCACUCAUCGUGGCCGCGUUGACUCCGCGCGGUGCAGCGCAGCAACGAGAGCGAGCCGGCGUCCUGCCUCCUCCCUCGCGGGGGUCUGAACUCGGUCGUCGGAAGAUAGAAAAGGCCACAAAGCAGAUCAUCAUGGAAAAGGAGGAUAAUAAGAAGCUGCACCGUAAGCGGCAGAGCGGCCCUAAGUUUGACAAGAAGAGGAAGCGCAAGUUUCAGCAGCUCGGUCUCGACGAUGAUGGUCAGCAGCAUGGAGCAGGCGAGGGGGAGUGGACCCGUGGAGCCCAGAGGAAGAAGGCAGAACGAGCGAAGUCUGCGCCGGAGAAUGUGGAGGACGCACGGCGACGUAACCCCAAGGCGUUUGCCUUUCACUCGGCCGUGCGCAUGGCCAAGCAGUUCCACAGGACUCAGGACCUGAAGGCACGCAAACACCACAUUCCCCUGGUGGAUCGCACGCCCCUCGAGCCCCCGCCUAUACUUGUGGCCGUUGUAGGGCCCCCGAAAGUGGGCAAGAGCACGCUGGUGAGCUGCCUCGUGCGCAACUUCACGCGGCAGAAGCUCAGCGAGCCCAAGGGACCCAUCACAAUUGUGUCUGGCAAGAAACGGCGGUUGACAAUCAUGGAAUGUGGCAAUGACAUCAAUUCCAUGAUCGACAUUGCUAAAGUGGCUGACCUGGUUCUGCUUCUAAUCGACGCGAGCUUUGGCUUCGAGAUGGAGACAUUUGAGUUCCUCAACAUCUGCCAGGUGCACGGCUUCCCGCGCCUCAUGGGCGUGCUCACGCACCUGGACGCCUUCCGCAACUCCAAGCAGUUGCAGAAGACCAAGAAGAAGCUGAAGCACCGCUUCUGGACCGAGAUCUACCAGGGGGCCAAGCUGUUUUACCUGUCGGGCAUGGUGAACGGAGAGUACCAGAAGCAGGAGAUUCACAACCUCGGCCGCUUCAUCUCUGUCAUGAAGUUUCGGCCCCUCACCUGGCAGACGACGCACCCCUACAUGCUCGCCGACAGAAUUGAGGACCUGACGAACCCGGAGGAGGUCCGGUUGAACCCCAAGUGCGACCGCCUGGUGUCGCUCUAUGGGUACCUGCACGGGACUCACCUCAAGAGCCGCUCGCAGGUGCACAUCCCAGGCGCAGGCGACUUCUUCUUGCGCGACGUGAGCUUCCUGCCGGACCCGUGUCCCCUGCCCGAGCGCCGCACCAAGCGCACGCUCGACCACCGAGACCGCCUCAUCUACGCGCCCUUCUCCGGGGUCGGAGGCAUCGUCUACGACAAAGACGCUGUCUACAUCGACCUCGGCGGCAGCCACUCGCACAAGCACGGGCAGGAGGAGCUGGAGGAGACGCAGGGGCCGACCCAGGAGCUCGUGCAGACGCUCAUUGCGAACCAGUCCACGCUGGACGUCAAGAUGGCAGCCAGCCGCAUGGCGCUCUUCAGCCGCUCGGAGCCGAUGCAGUCGCUUGACGUGCAGGAGGAGCCGGGCGCAGAGGAGCCACCGUCGGAUUCCCCCGUGGAAGAGCGCGUGACGGAUCCUGGGACGGGUCGGGUGAGACGCCGGGCUGUGUUCAGUUCUCAAAGUGGUGACGCUGGCGCUGAAGAUGAUGAUGGUGAUGAUGAUGAUGACGACAGUGAAGAGCAUGACAGUGAAGGAGAAGCGGAUGAAAAGGAGGACUCGGGAGAUGAUGAUGACGAUGAUGGUGAUGAUGGUGAUGAUGAUGAAGAUGAGAAAGAGGAAUAUAUGAAAAGUCCAAAGAAAAAGCCCCUUGGCCGUGUAGGUCCCAUGUUGAGUCCGGCGAAAAGGUCGAGGAAAAGUUCAGUCUUGACAAAGGAGGAGACGGCGGCUUCCACAGACGAAGACGUUGAAGAGGAGCCACGGGUGGUGAGCAACAAGAAGAACAAGGAGCAAGGGCAGCCUUCCCUCGAUAGAGAUGGUGACGACGAUGAUGAUGAUGAUGAGGCUGUCAAUGAAGAUGGUAGCAGUGAUGAUGAUAUCGAUAACGAAGAUGAGAGCGAUGAGGAAAGUGAUGAAGAUAAGUCAGGAGGUGAAGUCUCCGAUUUUGAAUGCCAAAAAAAAUCGAAUGGACAUGUUUCUGAAGGUUUGGGAGACUCCAUUGAAGACCGAGAUGGUAAUGAAAGCAGCGGUGAUGAAAGCGAUGACGACGAAGAUGAUGACGAUGAUGACGGUGAUGAAGCAACAAAGAUGAUUGCCAAGAGUAAACAGGAAAAAAACUCAAAAAGAGCUCCCAUGGACUCGGGCAACGCUUCACGUGACCAAAGCAGUAGCGGUGGCGAUGAUGAGGGUGGUGAAGAAGAAGAUGAUGAUGAUGGCAGUGAGGACAGUGAUGACAAUGCCAUCGAGAAGAUGUUGAAAAGCGAGGAUAUGUUUGUGGAAACUGAGGACGCGGACAGGGAAACGGAAGGCGCUGUCAUGUGGAAGCAGGACCUGGUGAAGAAGGCUGCUGAGGCAUUUGUGCGGAGGCGCAGGGCAACAGGGAAUCUGCAGAAACUCGUCUACGGGAACGCAGUGACGUGCUUGCCCUUCGCACCGACGAAUGAUGAGGCAGAAGUAGAGGCGGAGGAGGGAGAGGAUGGUCGCGGUGACGUGGAGUCCGGCGGGGGCGAGCUGGGAGGGCUGUUCCGCGUGAGCGUGGCGGAUCGCACCGAGCGCACGGCACGAGGGCGGCUCGACGACAUCGACUCGACGCGGUACCCGCCGGAGAACCUGCAAGACUGGGACCUCGACGAGAUGGUGGAGAGCAUCAAGGACUGCUUCGUGACGGGAAAGUGGGAGGCUCACAAGGAUGCGAAAACGCUUCUGGAGCAAGACGAUGCCCUUUAUGGUGACUUUGAGGACCUUGAAGCUGGAACGAUUAUUCAUGGGAAGAAAGAUUCAGCUGGCGCUGAGGGAGCCGAGGCGGGCAGCUCGGACGACGGAGAAGACGGCGCCAACGAUGAUGACAGCGAGGGCGAGGGCAAGGAGAAGGGGCAGGAGGAGGAGGAGGAGGAGGGCGACCUGCGGGGGAAGCGUUUGGAGAAGAAGCGCAAGCUGAAGGAGAUGUUCGACUCGCAGUACGACGAAGGCGGAGAGACGUAUUUCGACGACCUUAAGGCGGAAAUGGACAAGCAGGCACAGCUGAACAGGGGAGAAUUUGAGGACGUGAGCGAGGAGGCACGUGUGCUCUACGAGGGAUUCCGCCCUGGCAUGUACCUCCGCGUUGAGGUUUCCAGCAUGCCCUGUGAGUUCAUCGCAAACCUGGACUCCAGAUAUCCCAUCAUCCUUGGCGGCCUUGGCGCCGGUGAAGGAAAUGUCGGCUUCGUGCAGAUGAGGGUGAAGAAGCACCGCUGGUACAAGCGCAUCCUGAAGACGCGCGACCCGCUCGUGUUCUCGCUUGGCUGGCGGCGAUUCCAGACGGUGCCCAUGUACUACAUCGAGGACCACAAUGGCCGGCACCGUCUGCUCAAGUACACGCCGCAUCACAUGCACUGCCACGCGGCCAUCUGGGGACCUAUCACGACGCAGGGAUCCGGAUUCCUGGCUGUGCAGUCGGUGGCUGGUUCCUCUCCGGACUUCCGGAUUGCGGCGACGGGCUCCGUGCUUGACCUGGACAAGUCUGUGAAGAUCGUGAAGAAGUUGAAGCUCACGGGAUGCCCCUUCAAGAUCUACAAGAAUACAACUUUCAUCAAGGACAUGUUCAGUUCGGCACUGGAGGUGGCGCGCUUUGAGGGAGCGGCGCUGCGCACCGUGAGCGGGGUCCGCGGGCAGAUCAAGAAGGCCAUCAAGUCGCCCGAGGGAGCCUUCCGCGCCACGUUUGAGGACCGCCUGCUCAUGAGUGACAUCGUGUUUGUGCGCACGUGGUGCCCUGUGGAGGUGCCCAAGCUCUACAACCCCGUGACGACGCUGCUGAAGCUCACGGAGGAGCGCUCCUCCUGGACGGGCAUGCGCACGCUGGGGCAGCUGCGCAAGGACCUGGGUGUGCCGCUGGUGCACAACCAGGACUCAAUCUACAAGCCCGUGGAGAGGAAGCCACGGGUGUUCAACCCGCUGGUAAUCCCCCGUGAGCUGCAGAAGGCACUGCCCUUCAAGUCCAAGCCCAAGCUGACGGAGGCCGCGAGCCGCGUCCCGCGCGACCGUGUGCGUCCUGCUGUCGUCCGGGAGCCCAUGGAGCGCAAGAUCGCCGCGCUCCUGCAGUCGCUGGGCACCAUCAGGAACCAGAAGGUGCGCAGGCAGAAGGAGCAGGCGCUGCAGAAGAAAGGCGAGUACCAGCGACGCCGUCAGAAGGAGGACGAGGCGAAGAUGCAGAGGAUCAAGGAGGUGAAGAAGCGCGUCUUCCGCACCAUCGGACAGAAGGAGCGCAAGCAGCAGAAGUCGAGUCUCUCGGGCCCGCGCCGCUAGCGGUGACCACGAACUCCGCGGCACCACUGGACGGUGGGACAGCUUGUAACUGUGCUGGCGACAUGGUGGGGGGGGGGGUGGGGGGUUGGGAGAGGCACGAUGGGGAAAUCUUUCCCAUGGCACCCUCCAAAUACAUGCCUCCCUGUUUGGAGGUGGCCCUGUGCAGGACUGGAGACGGCUGCAUUCGUUGCGCUUGUUCCAAGUAGUCUGGCCCUACCAAACUAAUUAGAGGUUUAAGGAGCAUACAUUCAAUGGUUUUGUUUGCUCCUGAUAUGUGCAUUCAUUUUCCAGUGUAAUCAUCUAUUCUUAUAUUUUUAUGUAAGGGAUUCGUGUGCCCCCCCCCCUCUACCACUCCCAACAUCUACAUUCACUACCAUGUAACAAAAUAAUUGCUUUUUGAAUCAGAUUGCUAUCCUGAACUAAGUCGAUUGUUAUUUGCAAGUGGGGGAAGACUUUCUAAACCCCGAAAACAAAUGGAACCCAGCUCACCGCACUCACCAUUGCCGGACCGUGGGAUGCAGUUACGUUUUUGUCAAAUGUUUGCAUUUUUUGGAAAUGUGUGAUCUUUUACAUUUUUGUUAAAAGGUCUGUGGUCAGAGUUAUGUUAAUAUUGCGCAAGGCUUGAGUUUGUAGACUGAAUGCACUCGAUUCUACUCGGCCAAUCCAUUUUUAUAAAUAAGCGCUCCAUGUUGCAUACAUGUGCUUUGGCGAGUUCAAUAAAAUAUUCUGUCUAUA